AAAUAUUCGUACGAAGCGUUUGGCCGUUCGCUAAACGUCAUUUCAGUGUUGUUUUCAUGUUGGAAAAAUCGAACGCCAGCGUUUUUGCUAAUAAGCAUUUUUCAUAAUGCUAAAGUUGUCGCUCAAACGAUUUGCCUCGGUUCUAUUCUUUCAAAUGCUUUUUCUCAUGGUGGAUUUGGGAAUAAACAGCUUUUCGUACCUCGCCCGCGGUCAUCAUUCGGCUGUGAUUUUCCUUUUCAUCGCUCAGGAUGUGUGCUUGAUGCUAUCGUUCACGGCAUUCGUGUUCAGCCUGUACUCGACCUACGUCUAUCAGGCGGGAAUGGCCAACCUGCUGUACGAAAAGUUCCGCACACCGCUGCUGAUCAGCAUGGUCUACUUUUUCCUCAGCAUCGCCCUGCACCUGUGGCAGGUAGUGGGACACUCCAGCGAACCGUACCAGUUUCAAUGGCCAAAAGCACUGACCGCACUGUUCAUCAUACAUCGACUGUUUUCGCCCAUCUAUUAUUACCUCUACAAGAAAUCCGCUCUGAAGAUGAGUGAUCCGCGAUUCUACGAAAAUCUGGAUUGGAUUGCUUCGCAGCUGUCGAUUAAAUAAGUGCGCAAAUGCGAACCGGAAUCGUUCAAAGCGCACUAAAUAUGCCAUAUUUAAGAGAGUUGCAGUUGGCAUACAUAUAACGCUAGUCAGAAAGCAUUAACUUGUUCCGUGGCAGUAUAGUUUCGGUACGGAUAAUUUUAACUUUUGAGACUGAGUUUUCAUGAACAAGUAAGAUCGUUUGCAUUAGCUAACGGCCAUUCAACACUAACCAAAGCACAACAAGCACAGCAAUCAAGAGCGAAGUAAUCUCAUUCCUCGUUUUGAAUACAUCUAAGUGUAGUACGUUAAUCUAAAUGUACGCCCUUUAAAGGCCGGCACCGAUACAGUUCCAAACUGUUAUCGAUACAUAUUUCUAGUCGUCUUUCAACAGACACCACUUAGGUUUAGAUGUAGUGAAUGCACGUAACUGUAUUAUUUGUUCCACAUAUCAGAAUAAACAGUUCAGAUUGAAUGUGUGUAUGAGGUCUUAGCAGACCUUGAGAAGUUUAAUAUCAGAAGAGAAACCCUUCAAGAAUGUUGUCCUUUACCAACCUAGUCGACUAUUAACGAAACAUACUAAUCCACAAUAAAGCUUGAAGUGUUGUAACUCACAAGAGUCACAGUGAA